CACAAGCAUUCAGCAAUGUCUUGGCUUUCAGUUUUAUCCCUUUGCUUGGUGCUCUUUGCAUCCAACGCAGAUGCUCUCUCUCUCGCAAAGUCUUGGGUUCAGGAUGAAGGAACGGCUAUUUAUUUCUUGAAUCGUGCCAUAGAAUACUUGAGAGAAUGCGGUGUUUUGAAGAUUGACCAGGAAAGAGAUGCGAUCGAAACUAUGUUUGAAAUUAGUUCGCUGUAUCAAAAGAAUGCGAAACCUAGUAAGAUAAAGCAUUCUGUUGCUUCUAAAUUGGCUGAAAUCAUCAUGGAAGGCUUGGAAGGAGCAAGUGACACAUCGUAUAAGAUGGAUUGCGUCUCUCAAGCAAUUGCUAGCGCCUUAGAAGCGACAACAGGUACUGUGGAUGAUAAUUUCAUAGAGUCUGUCCAAGAGUUGGUAGUAGUAAUGUAUAACAAUGAUAUCGAAGAAAAAAUGGAAGAAGAAAUAGAAGAAAUUGCAGCAAGUCAGCAGGCAGCAGCUGCUGAAAGUCAAAUUUUGACAGCACAAUCUGACUUUGGAACAAUACAGACUCAGUCGUCAGUGCAGAACGGUAUACAACAACAAACCACAGUAGAUAUCUCUUCUUCGAUUUCUAAUCAGAUUCAGUCACAGCAGUAUGCAGAUAGUCAAGUUCAACAACUUUCAGGGGCAGGCAUACAAGCACAAGAGUCCACAGAAAUUCAAACUGCUUUGCAACAGUCUUCUGGUCAAGUUCAGUCACAGCAAUCAUCUUCCGUCCAAAUGCAGUCACAACAAGAUUUUGGUACCCAACAGCAACAACUAAAUUCUCAACUGCAGUCUUCUAGCAAUCAACAGCAAUAUGAAACUUCGCAAAUUUCUGUAGCUCAGCAGCAGUAUGAAGCUUCUCAACAACAGUCUUCUAUUGCCCAAGAGCAAUAUGAAAUUUCUCAACAACAGGCUUCCAUUGCUCAGCAACAAUAUGAAGCUUCUCAACAACAAUCUUCUGUCGCUCAACAGCAAUAUGAAACUUCUCAACAACAAGCUUCCAUCGCUCAGCAACAAUACCAAGCUACUCAACAACAAUAUGACAGUUCUCAGCAGCAGUCUUCUAGUUCGGAACAGCAGUACACAGCAUCAGAGCAACAGGUUCAGCAAUCCUCCAAUUCAUACAUUGAUCAAUCAAGUAUUCAACAAUCCUCUCAAGUUGUUUCACAACAAGCACAAGAAGACUCUGCAAGUUAUCAAUCGCAACAAAGUUCCUACUCUGCAGCGUCAUCUGCCGGUUCGAUUGUGUCGCAAUCUCAAGACACUGUCUCAAGUGCCCCUGUGUAUUUCAGCUCGCAAACUUUGACAAACAGCCUGGCUUCAUCUCUGCAAUCACUGAAUGCUCUUAAUUACGUAUCCAGUGGUCAGUUGAGUGCCACGGAUAUCUCUUCGACUGUUGCGAGGGCUGUAGCCCAGGCACUCGGAUUGUCACAAGGGUCAGUUGAAAAUAUCAUAAGCCAACAAUUGAGCAACAUUAGGCCCGGAACUUCAACAUCAUCAAUCUCUCAGGCGAUAGCAAAUGCCGUAUCUUCCGCAGUUCAAGGAUCAGCCUCAGCAGCUCCCGGACAGGAACUAUCUAUUGCACAAAGUACAUAUUCAGCUAUUUCCUCCUCUUUAUCACAACUCAUUUCACAGAGAACAGCCCCGACUCCAACCCCGAGACCCUUACCAGCUCCAUUGCCUGCUCCGGCUCCGAGACCCAGAACUGCACCCGCUCCACGACCAGCGCCAGUCUAUGCACCAGCGCCAGUUGUUUCGCAACUUCAGGCAUCUGCUUCCACUCAAGCCUCAGCACAACAGAAUUCUUUUGCACAGUCCUCAGUUGCUCAACAGUCCUCAGUUGCUCAACAGUCCUCAGUUGCUCAACAGUCCUCAGUUGCUCAACAGUCCUCAGUUGCUCAACAGUCUUCAGUUGCUCAAUCGCAACAAAAUUCCUACUCCGCAGCGUCAUCUGCCGGAUCGAGUGUGUCGCAGUCUCAAGCCACUGUCUCAAGUGCCCCUGUGUAUUUCAGCUCGCAAACUUUGACAAACAGCCUGGCUUCAUCUCUGCAAUCACUGAAUGCUCUUAAUUACGUAUCCAGUGGUCAGUUGAGUCCCUCGGAUAUCUCUUCGACUGUUGCGAGAGCUGUAGCCCAGACACUCGGAUUGUCACAAGGGUCAGUUCAAAAUAUCAUAAGCCAACAAUUGAGCAACAUUAGGCCCGGAACUUCAACAUCAUCAAUCUCUCAGGCGAUAGCAAAUGCCAUAUCUUCCGCAGUUCAAGGAUCAGCCUCAGCAGCUCCCGGACAGGAACAAACUAUUGCACAAAGUGCAUAUUCGGCUAUUUCCUCCUCUUUAUCACAACUCAUUUCACAGAGAACAGCCCCGACUCCAGCCCCGAAACCCUUACCAGCUCCAUUGCCUGUUCCAGCUCCGAGACCCAGACCAGCACCCGCUCCACGACCAGCGCCAGUUUAUGCACCAGCGCCAGUUGUUUCGCAACUUCAGGCAUCUGCUUCCACUCAAGCCUCGGCACAACAGAAUUCUUUUGCACAGACAUCAGUUGCUCAACAGUCCUCAGUUGCUCAACAGUCCUCAGUUGCUCAACAGUCCUCAGUUGCUCAACAGUCCUCAGUUGCUCAACAGUCAUCAGUUGCUCAACAGUCUUCAGUUGCUCAACAGUCUUCAGUUGCACAAUCGCAACAAAAUUCCUACUCUGCAGCGUCAUCUGCCGGAUCGAGUGUGUCGCAGUCUCAAGCCACUGUCUCAAGUGCCCCUGUGUAUUUCAGCUCGCAAACUUUGACAAACAGCCUGGCUUCAUCUCUGCAAUCACUGAAUGCUCUUAAUUACGUAUCCAGUGGUCAGUUGAGUCGCUCAGAUAUCUCUUCGACUGUUGCGAGAGCUGUAGCCCAGACACUCGGAUUGUCACAAGGGUCAGUUCAAAAUAUCAUAAGCCAACAAUUGAGCAACAUUAGGCCCGGAACUUCAACAUCAUCAAUCUCUCAGGCGAUAGCAAAUGCCGUAUCUUCCGCAGUUCAAGGAUCAGCCUCAGCAGCUCCCGGACAGGAACAAACAAUUGCACAAAGUGCAUACUCAGCUAUUUCCUCCUCUUUAUCACAACUCAUUUCACAGAGAACAGCCCCGAAACCCUUACCAGCUCCAUUGCCUGCUCCGGCUCCAAGACCCAGACCAGCACCCGCUCCACGACCAGCGCCAGUCUAUGCACCAGCGCCAGUUGUUUCGCAGCUUCAGGCAUCUGCUUCCACUCAAGCCUCAGCACAACAGAAUUCUUUUGCACAGACAUCAGUUGCUCAACAGUCCUCAGUUGCUCAACAGUCCUCAGUUGCUCAACAGUCAUCAGUUGCUCAACAGUCUUCAGUUGCUCAAUCGCAACAAAAUUCCUACUCCGCAGCGUCAUCUGCCGGAUCGAGUGUGUCGCAGUCUCAAGCCACUGUCUCAAGUGCCCCUGUGUAUUUCAGCUCGCAAACUUUGACAAACAGCCUGGCUUCAUCUCUGCAAUCACUGAAUGCUCUUAAUUACGUAUCCAGUGGUCAGUUGAGUCGCUCAGAUAUCUCUUCGACUGUUGCGAGAGCUGUAGCCCAGACACUCGGAUUGUCACAAGGGUCAGUUCAAAAUAUCAUAAGCCAACAAUUGAGCAACAUUAGGCCCGGAACUUCAACAUCAUCAAUCUCUCAGGCGAUAGCAAAUGCCGUAUCUUCCGCAGUUCAAAGUUCAGCCUCCGCAGCUCCCGGACAGGAACAAUCUAUUGCACAAAGUGUAUAUUCAGCUAUUUCCUCCUCUUUAUCACAACUCAUUUCACAGAGAACAGCCCCGACUCCAGCCCCGAAACCCUUACCAGCUCCAUUGCCUGCUCCGGCUCCGAGACCCAGACCAGCACCCGCUCCACGACCAGCGCCAGUUUAUGCACCAGCGCCAGUUGUUUCGCAACUUCAGGCAUCUGCUUCCACUCAAGCCUCGGCACAACAGAAUUCUUUUGCACAGACAUCAGUUGCUCAACAGUCCACAGUUGCUCAACAGUCCUCAGUUGCUCAACAGUCCUCAGUUGCUCAACAGUCAUCAGUUGCUCAACAGUCUUCAGUUGCUCAACAGUCUUCAGUUGCACAAUCGCAACAAAAUUCCUACUCUGCAGCGUCAUCUGCCGGAUCGAGUGUGUCGCAGUCUCAAGCCACUGUCUCAAGUGCCCCUGUGUAUUUCAGCUCGCAAACUUUGACAAACAGCCUGGCUUCAUCUCUGCAAUCACUGAAUGCUCUUAAUCACGUAUCCAGUGGUCAGUUGAGUCGCUCAGAUAUCUCUUCGACUGUUGCGAGAGCUGUAGCCCAGACACUCGGAUUGUCACAAGGGUCAGUUCAAAAUAUCAUAAGCCAACAAUUGAGCAACAUUAGGCCCGGAACUUCAACAUCAUCAAUCUCUCAGGCGAUAGCAAAUGCCGUAUCUUCCGCAGUUCAAGGAUCAGCCUCAGCAGCUCCCGGACAGGAACAAACAAUUGCACAAAGUGCAUACUCAGCUAUUUCCUCCUCUUUAUCACAACUCAUUUCACAGAGAACAGCCCCGACUCCAGCCCCGAAACCCUUACCAGCUCCAUUGCCUGCUCCGGCUCCGAGACCCAGACCAGCACCCGCUCCACGACCAGCGCCAGUUUAUGCACCAGCGCCAGCUGUUUCGCAACUUCAGGCAUCUGCUUCCACUCAAGCCUCGGCACAACAGAAUUCUUUUGCACAGACAUCAGUUGCUCAACAGUCCUCAGUUGCUGAACAGUCCUCAGUUGCUCAACAGUCAUCAGUUGCUCAACAGUCUUCAGUUGCUCAACAGUCUUCAGUUGCACAAUCUCAACAAAAUUCCUACUCUGCAGCGUCAUCUGCCGGAUCGAGUGUGUCGCAGUCUCAAGCCACUGUCUCAAGUGCCCCUGUGUAUUUCAGCUCGCAAACUUUGACAAACAGCCUGGCUUCAUCUCUGCAAUCACUGAAUGCUCUUAAUUACGUAUCCAGUGGUCAGUUGAGUCCCUCGGAUAUCUCUUCGACUGUUGCGAGAGCUGUAGCCCAGACACUCGGAUUGUCACAAGGGUCAGUUCAAAAUAUCAUAAGCCAACAAUUGAGCAACAUUAGGCCCGGAACUUCAACAUCAUCAAUCUCUCAGGCGAUAGCAAAUGCCGUAUCUUCCGCAGUUCAAAGAUCAGCCUCCGCAGCUCCCGGACAGGAACAAUCUAUUGCACAAAGUGUAUAUUCAGCUAUUUCCUCCUCUUUAUCACAACUCAUUUCACAGAGAACAGCCCCAACUCCAGCCCUGAACCCCUUACCAGCUCCAUUGCCUGCUCCGGCUCCGAGACCCAGACCAGCACCCGCUCCACGACCAGCGCCAGUUUAUGCACCAGCGCCAGUUGUUUCGCAACUUCAGGCAUCUGCUUCCACUCAGUCCUCGGGACAACAGAAUUCUUUUGCACAGACAUCAGUUGCUCAACAGUCCUCAGUUGCUCAACAGUCCUCAGUUGCUCAACAGUCAUCAGUUGCUCAACAGUCUUCAGUUGCACAAUCGCAACAAAAUUCCUACUCUGCAGCGUCAUCUGCCGGAUCGAGUGUGUCGCAGUCUCAAGCCACUGUCUCAAGUGCCCCUGUGUAUUUCAGCUCGCAAACUUUGACAAACAGCCUGGCUUCAUCUCUGCAAUCACUGAAUGCUCUUAAUUACGUAUCCAGUGGUCAGUUGAGUCCCUCGGAUAUCUCUUCGACUGUUGCGAGAGCUGUAGCCCAGACACUCGGAUUGUCACAAGGUUCAGUUCAAAAUAUCAUAAGCCAACAAUUGAGCAACAUUAGGCCCGGAACUUCAACAUCAUCAAUCUCUCAGGCGAUAGCAAAUGCCGUAUCUUCCGCAGUUCAAAGAUCAGCCUCCGCAGCUCCCGGACAGGAACAAUCUAUUGCACAAAGUGUAUAUUCAGCUAUUUCCUCCUCUUUAUCACAACUCAUUUCACAGAGAACAGCCCCGACUCCAGCCCCGAAACCCUUACCAGCUCCAUUGCCUGCUCCGGCUCCGAGACCCAGACCAGCACCCGCUCCACGACCAGCGCCAGUUUAUGCACCAGCGCCAGUUGUUUCGCAACUUCAGGCAUCUGCUUCCACUCAAGCCUCGGCACAACAGAAUUCUUUUGCACAGACAUCAGUUGCUCAACAGUCCUCAGUUGCUCAACAGUCCUCAGUUGCUCAACAGUCUUCAGUUGCACAAUCGCAACAAAAUUCCUACUCUGCAGCGUCAUCUGCCGGAUCGAGUGUGUCGCAGUCCCAAGCCACUGUCUCAAUUGCCCCUGUGUAUUUCAGCUCGCAAACUUUGACAAACAGCCUGGCUUCAUCUCUGCAAUCACUGAAUGCUCUUAAUUACGUAUCCAGUGGUCAGUUGAGUCCCUCGGAUAUCUCUUCGACUGUUGCGAGAGCUGUAGCCCAGACACUCGGAUUGUCACAAGGGUCAGUUCAAAAUAUCAUAAGCCAACAAUUGAGCAACAUUAGGCCCGGAACUUCAACAUUAUCAAUCUCUCAGGCGAUAGCAAAUGCCGUAUCUUCCGCAGUUCAAAGAUCAGCCUCCGCAGCUCCCGGACAGGAACAAUCUAUUGCACAAAGUGUAUAUUCAGCUAUUUCCUCCUCUUUAUCACAACUCAUUUCACAGAGAACAGCCCCGAAACCCUUACCAGCUCCAUUGCCUGCUCCGGCUCCGAGACCCAGACCAGCACCCGCUCCACGACCAGCGCCAGUUUAUGCACCAGCGCCAGUAGUUUCGCAACUUCAGGCAUCUGCUUCCACUCAAGCCUCGGCACAACAGAAUUCUUUUGCACAGACAUCAGUUGCUCAACAGUCCUCAGUUGCUCAACAGUCAUCAGUUGUUCAACAGUCUUCAGUUGCACAAUCGCAACAAAAUUCCUACUCUGCAGCGUCAUCUGCCGGAUCGAGUGUGUCGCAGUCUCAAGCCACUGUCUCAAUUGCCCCUGUGUAUUUCAGCUCGCAAACUUUGACAAACAGCCUGGCUUCAUCUCUGCAAUCACUGAAUGCUCUUAAUUACGUAUCCAGUGGUCAGUUGAGUCCCUCGGAUAUCUCUUCGACUGUUGCGAGAGCUGUAGCCCAGACACUCGGAUUGUCACAAGGGUCAGUUCAAAAUAUCAUAAGCCAACAAUUGAGCAACAUUAGGCCCGGAACUUCAACAUCAUCAAUCUCUCAAGCGAUAGCAAAUGCCGUAUCUUCCGCAGUUCAAAGUUCAGCCUCCGCAGCUCCCGGACAGGAACAAUCUAUUGCACAAAGUGUAUAUUCAGCUAUUUCCUCCUCUUUAUCACAACUCAUUUCACAGAGAACAGCCCCGAUUCCAGCUCCGAAACCCUUACCAGCUCCAUUGCCUGCUCCGGCUCCGAGACCCAGACCAGCACCCGCUCCACGACCAGCGCCAGUUUAUGCACCAGCGCCAGUUGUUUCGCAACUUCAGGCAUCUGCUUCCACUCAAGCCUCGGCACAACAGAAUUCUUUUGCACAGACAUCAGUUGCUCAACAGUCCUCAGUUGCUCAACAGUCCUCAGUUGCUCAACAGUCAUCAGUUGCUCAACAGUCUUCAGUUGCACAAUCGCAACAAAAUUCCUACUCUGCAGCGUCAUCUGCCGGAUCGAGUGUGUCGCAGUCUCAAGCCACUGUCUCAAGUGCCCCUGUGUAUUUCAGCUCGCAAACUUUGACAAACAGCCUGGCUUCAUCUCUGCAAUCACUGAAUGCUCUUAAUUACGUAUCCAGUGGUCAGUUGAGUCCCUCGGAUAUCUCUUCGACUGUUGCGAGAGCUGUAGCCCAGACACUCGGAUUGUCACAAGGGUCAGUUCAAAAUAUCAUAAGCCAACAAUUGAGCAACAUUAGGCCCGGAGCUUCAACAUCAUCAAUCUCUCAAGCGAUAGCAAAUGCCGUAUCUUCCGCAGUUCAAAGAUCAACCUCCGCAGCUCCCGGACAGGAACAAUCUAUUGCACAAAGUGUAUAUUCAGCUAUUUCCUCCUCUUUAUCACAACUCAUUUCACAGAGAACAGCCCCGACUCCAGCCCCGAAACCCUUACCAGCUCCAUUGCCUGCUCCGGCUCCGAGACCCAGACCAGCACCCGCUCCACGACCAGCGCCAGUUUAUGCACCAGUGCCAGUUUAUGCACCAGCGCCAGUUUAUGCACCAGCGCCAGUUGUUUCGCAACUUCAGGCAUCUGCUUCCACUCAAGCCUCGGCACAACAGAAUUCUUUUGCACAGACAUCAGUUGCUCAACAGUCCUCAGUUGCUCAACAGUCAUCAGUUGCUCAACAGUCUUCAGUUGCACAAUCGCAACAAAAUUCCUACUCUGCAGCGUCAUCUGCCGGAUCGAGUGUGUCGCAGUCUCAAGCCACUGUCUCAAGUGCCCCUGUGUAUUUCAGCUCGCAAACUUUGACAAACAGCCUGGCUUCAUCUCUGCAAUCACUGAAUGCUCUUAAUUACGUAUCCAGUGGUCAGUUGAGUCCCUCGGAUAUCUCUUCGACUGUUGCGAGAGCUGUAGCCCAGACACUCGGAUUGUCACAAGGGUCAGUUCAAAAUAUCAUAAGCCAACAAUUGAGCAACAUUAGGCCCGGAGCUUCAACAUCAUCAAUCUCUCAAGCGAUAGCAAAUGCCGUAUCUUCCGCAGUUCAAAGAUCAACCUCCGCAGCUCCCGGACAGGAACAAUCUAUUGCACAAAGUGUAUAUUCAGCUAUUUCCUCCUCUUUAUCACAACUCAUUUCACAGAGAACAGCCCCGACUCCAGCCCCGAAACCCUUACCAGCUCCAUUGCCUGCUCCGGCUCCGAGACCCAGACCAGCACCCGCUCCACGACCAGCGCCAGUUUAUGCACCAGUGCCAGUUUAUGCACCAGCGCCAGUUUAUGCACCAGCGCCAGUAGUUUCGCAACUUCAGGCAUCUGCUUCCACUCAAGCCUCGGCACAACAGAAUUCUUUUGCACAGACAUCAGUUGCUCAACAGUCCUCAGUUGCUCAACAGUCAUCAGUUGCUCAACAGUCUUCAGUUGCACAAUCGCAACAAAAUUCCUACUCUGCAGCGUCAUCUGCCGGAUCGAGUGUGUCGCAGUCUCAAGCCACUGUCUCAAGUGCCCCUGUGUAUUUCAGCUCGCAAACUUUGACAAACAGCCUGGCUUCAUCUCUGCAAUCACUGAAUGCUCUUAAUUACGUAUCCAGUGGUCAGUUGAGUCCCUCGGAUAUCUCUUCGACUGUUGCGAGAGCUGUAGCCCAGACACUCGGAUUGUCACAAGGGUCAGUUCAAAAUAUCAUAAGCCAGCAAUUGAGCAACAUUAGGCCAGGAACUUCAACAUCAUCAAUCUCUCAAGCGAUAGCAAAUGCCGUAUCUUCCGCAGUUCAAAGAUCAGCCUCCGCAGCUCCCGGACAGGAACAAUCUAUUGCACAAAGUGUAUAUUCAGCUAUUUCCUCCUCUUUAUCACAACUCAUUUCACAGAGAACAGCCCCGACUCCAGCCCCGAAACCCUUACCAGCUCCAUUGCCUGCUCCGGCUCCGAGACCCAGACCAGCACCCGCUCCACGACCAGCGCCAGUUUAUGCACCAGCGCCAGUUUAUGCACCAGCGCCAGUUGUUUCGCAACUUCAGGCAUCUGCUUCCACUCAAGCCUCGGCACAACAGAAUUCUUUUGCACAGUCCCAACAGACAUCAGUUGCUCAAUCGCAACAAGGUUCCUAUUCCUCACAGUUACAAAAUCUUCAAUCGCCAAAUGCUCUUUCUUCAAGUCUAGUUCAUCAAGUAGGUGUUUCUCAGUCUCAGUCUGGCGGAUCUUCUUUUUCUAGCGGAUCAUCUUCAGAUUUUGGCUCCUCUUCGUCGUCUGCUGCUGUCUUUUCUACUCCAAUCAGUACCGUGUCCUAUGCUCCUUCAACAAUCAGCAGCUCUACGUCUGUUGGAGGCUCGUCAUUUUCUAGUGGAUCUUCGUCCGGUUUUAGCUCUUCUGCAUCUUCUGCUUCUGAGUCCACCCUGGCCGCUUCCGCUGCCCAGCAGCUUUUGUCACCUGCAGCGAAUCAAAGAAUCGCAGCACUGUCUAAUUCUUUGAAAUAUGCUGUGGCUGGAGGACAAGUCAAUUACGGUGCUCUUUCAAAUUCUCUUGCGAAUGCUGCUAGUCAAAUACAAAGUUCCUCUGGAUUAUCGAAGAACGAAGUCCUAGUCGAAGCUCUCUUGGAAACUUUAGCCGCAUUGUUGGAUUCCCUUUCAAUUUCUGGAUCAUCCAACUCUCAAUUUGCACAAGCAGUGCUACAAGCAUUUGCCUAAAUUACGGUCAUUUUUCUUAGAAAACCACAGCAAAAAUAAUAUGAAAUUUUAAUUAUGCCUUUAUAUGUUCUAUCUUGUAUCUUAAUUUGGGUUGAUGGUAAUAAAGAUUUAGUGAAAGCAUCA